GGGUUCUUCGUGACAAUGCCGUCAGUUACCGUCAGUGUCAAGUGGCAGAAGGAGCUGUUCCCCUCUGUGGAGAUCGACACGGAGCAACCGCCCUACGUUUUCAAAUGCCAGCUCUUCGAUCUCACCGGAGUUCCUCCAGACAGGCAGAAGAUCAUGGUCAAGGGCGGCCUGCUCAAGGACGAUGGAGACUGGAGCAAGCUUGCUGUGAAGGAGGGACAGCGAUUGAUGAUGAUGGGAACUGCCGAAGAAGCUCCCAAAGCUCCGGAAAAGAGCACACUGUUUGUGGAAGAUUUGCCCGAGAACGAGCAAGGAGUGAUCGAACAGGGAUUCACAGCAGGAUUGAUGAACCUGGGCAAUACGUGCUACAUGAACUCAACCAUUCAGUGCCUCCAUUCCGUUCCGGAGCUAAGAUCCGCUCUGAAAAGCUACUCCGCGGGAGCGGGGACUGACAUGGACCCGUCAUCACAUACUCUAACGCUUGCAGCGCGUGACCUCUUUGGCGAGCUUGACAGCAGCCACAGGGCAGUGGCUCCUCUCCGCUUCUGGACGCUGUUGCGAAGCAAGUUUCCACAGUUCGCUCAACAAGCCAACAAUGGAGCUUACAUGCAGCAGGAUGCGGAAGAAUGCUGGACGCAACUCGUGUAUACACUUUCUCAGCGUUUGCGGCCAUCUUCUGGAGAGACCAGGGAGGCGACACUAAAGAAUCUGUUUGGUGUAGACAUCUCAAGCAGAAUCAAGUGCGCUGAAACUGAAGAGGAGACCGAAGAAGCUGAAACUGUCUACUCUUUAAAGUGCCACAUUUCACAGGACGUCAAUCAUCUUAACGAAGGCUUGAAACAGGGGCUAAAAUCCGAGCUCGAGAAAACGUCGCCUUCUUUGGGUAGAUCUGCAGUUCACAGCAAGGAAUCCGUUAUCACGCGUCUUCCUCAAUACUUGACUGUGCAGUUUGUUCGUUUCUUCUGGAAGCGGGAAACGAAACAGAAAGCAAAGAUCUUGAGGAAAGUCGAUUAUCCAUUAGUUUUGGAUGUCAUGGGUUUUUGCUCGGAGGAUUUAAAAAAUGAACUGAAGGCACCACGCGAGCUUUUGAGAGAACAAGAGGACAGAGAAGCUGGACUUAAAGGUAAGAGAAAGAUUGAAGAUGGACCAGCGCCUUCGUCUAUGGAUUGGUCUACCACUGAGCAAGGGAGUCCAACAGGCAUAUACGACUUGGUGGCUGUUUUGACGCACAAGGGACGGAGUGCCGACUCGGGGCACUAUGUGGCUUGGGUCAAACAAGAAAAUGGGAAAUGGAUCGAGUUUGACGACGAUCGCCCAAUUCCACAACGGGAGGAAGACAUUACAAAACUCUCUGGAGGAGGGGACUGGCACACAGCCUACAUUUGUUUGUACAAGUCGAGAGUCCCCAAGAAAGAGUGAUCGAUCAAUGGACACGGACUGUAUUUUCCUUCUUUCUUUUUCAUUUUAGCCUGACUUUUGUUUUU